AUGGCGGGUGUGCGGGCCGGCGGGCGCGCCGAGGCGCUGGCGCCGCAGCGGGGAAAGCGGCGGCCGAGUCCUGAGACGGAGCCGGAGCAGGAGGAGGUCUCCCUCCUCGGCAGUCCUGCCUCCAGCCACAGCGAGGGCAGUGAUUCCGGCCUCUCAGAGAGUGAAGAGAGCGUGUUCUCUGGUCUGGAAGACUCCGGCAGUGACGACAUGGAGGAGGAAGACGAGGAGAAUAUGGGUCAGGGUGGAGCCAGCGUGGAGGGUGGCCCUGGGCGGCUGGCGCAGGCUGGGGCCUCUGGUCCUCCUGGCCCGAAGAUGGAGGCGAGCAUGUGCGGUGGGGACGAGUAUGCGGAGGACAGCUCGGAUGAGGAGGACAUUCGCAACACGGUGGGCAAUGUGCCCCUGGAGUGGUACGACGACUUCCCCCACGUGGGCUACGACCUUGACGGCCGUCGCAUCUACAAGCCCCUGCGGACACGGGACGAGCUAGACCAGUUCCUGGACAAGAUGGAGGACCCCGACUACUGGCGUACUGUGCAGGACCGGAUGACGGGGCGAGACGUGCGGCUGACGGAUGAGCAGGUGGCCCUGGUGCGGCGGCUGCAGAGCGGCCGAUUUGGGGACAUGGGCUUCGACCCGUAUGAGCCCGCAGUCGACUUCUUCAGUGGAGACACCAUGAUCCACCCUGUGACCAAUCGCCCGGCGGACAAGCGCAGCUUCAUCCCCUCCCUGGUGGAGAAGGAGAAGGUCUCCCGCCUAGUGCACGCCAUCAAGAUGGGCUGGAUCCAGCCCCGGCGGCCCCGGGACCCCACACCCAGCUUCUACGACCUCUGGGCCCAGGAGGACCCCAACGCUGUGCUGGCGCGCCACAAGAUGCAUGUGCCUGCGCCUAAGCUGGCCCUGCCUGGCCACGCCGAGUCCUACAACCCUCCACCCGAGUACCUGCCCAGUGAGGAAGAGCGCCUGGCCUGGGAGCAGCAGGACCCGGAGGAGCGCAAGCCCAGCUCGCUGCCUCGCAGCUUCCCCAGCCUCCGUGCGGUGCCCGCCUACGCCCGCUUUAUCCAUGAGCGCUUCGAGCGCUGUCUUGACCUCUACCUGUGUCCACGGCAGCGCAAGAUGAGGGUGAACGUGGACCCCGAGGACCUCAUCCCCAAGCUGCCCCGGCCCAGGGACCUGCAGCCGUUCCCCACAUGCCAGGCCCUGGUCUACAGGGGCCACAGUGACCUUGUCCGCUGCCUCAGUGUCUCCCCGGGAGGCCAGUGGCUGGCUUCAGGCUCGGAUGAUGGCUCCCUACGGCUCUGGGAGGUGGCCACUGCCCGCUGCAUGAGGACCGUGGCUGUCGGGGGCGUGCUGAGGAGUGUAGCCUGGAACCCCAAUCCCACCGUGUGCCUGGUGGCUGUGGCCACGGAGGACAUGGUGUUGCUGCUGAACCCACUGCUGGGGGACAGGCUGGUGGUGGCUGGCACCGACCAGCUGCUGGGCACCUUUGAGCCAGCCGAGGAGCCAGCCAUGCAGCCUGCCCGCUGGCAGGAAGCCUCUGAAGAGGAGCGGCAACAGGGCCUCCGGCUGCGCAUCCGUCAUGACAAGCCAGUGGCACAGGUGACAUGGCACGCGCGUGGGGACUACCUGGCCGUGGUGCUGGCUGCACAGGGACACACCCAGGUGCUCAUCCAUCAGCUGAGCCGGCGGCGCAGCCAGAGCCCCUUCCGCCGCAGCCACGGGCAGGUGCAACGAGUAGCCUUCCACCCCAGCCGGCCCUUCCUGUUCGUGGCCUCCCAGCGCAGCGUGCGCCUCUACCACCUGCUGCGACAGGAGCUGACCAAGAAACUGCUGCCCAACUGCAAGUGGGUCUCCAGCAUGGCUGUGCACCCUGCAGGAGAUAACCUCAUCUGCGGCAGCUACGACAGCAAGCUCACGUGGUUUGACCUGGACCUCUCCACCAGGCCCUACCAAGUGCUGAGGCACCAUAAGAAGGCGCUGCGGGCAGUGGCCUUCCACCCACGAUACCCACUCUUCGCGUCCGGCUCGGACGACGGCAGCGUCAUUGUGUGCCAUGGCAUGGUGUACAGUGACCUGCUGCAGAACCCGCUGCUGGUGCCAGUCAAGGUGCUCAAGGGGCAUGCACUGACCCGGGACCUGGGUGUGCUGGACAUCGUCUUCCACCCCACGCAGCCCUGGAUCUUCUCCUCAGGGGCGGACGGCACGGUCCGCCUUUUCACCUAGCGCCCUGCGUGGCCAAUACAGUC